CGUAAAGACGCUAAACAAAGAACCAAAAGUAGCGUAAGCGCCAAACCCAUCCUUGUCCAUCCAUCCAGCGGCUCUACAUCAGCUUCAGCCACCACUUUUGAUCUCCGCCGUCCAAACUCCCCCACAUUACUUCGCUGCAUUUGUUUAUGAGCCUUGUCCCUUAGUUCAGGCGUUUGCUUUGUUGGUUGAAUUCUAAGUUGCAAAUUCAUUUUAAUUACCCCCUCUCUCUUUCUCUUUCUCCCUCUCCCUCUCUCUUUCUUUCUCUUUCUUUGGCUUUUGAUCUUAAAUUUUUCUCUUCCAUUAUCGUCAAAGCAAAAAUUAAUCCAGCUUCAUACAUUUCCUUGGCAAAAUCCCACUGCUUUGCUUCGAUUAUCAAUGAUAGGGGACAAUGGCGGUGCCGCCAUGGCUAGAGUCAUUGCUAAGUACAGCCUUUUUCACAGUUUGCACAACACAUGGAGAUGCAGCUAGGGGUGAAUGUAACAUGUAUUGUUUAGACUGUAAAGGGGAUGCGUUUUGCUUUUAUUGCCGCUCUUCUAAACACAAAGAUCAUCAAGUUAUUCAGAUAAGGAGAUCUUCAUAUCAUGAUGUAGUGAGGGUCACAGAGAUUCAAAAGGUAUUGGAUAUAAGUGGGGUUCAAACAUAUGUGAUAAACAGUGCCAGGGUUCUAUUUCUGAACGAGAGGCCUCAACCAAAAUCUGGAAAAGGUGUAGCUCAUAUCUGCGAAAUCUGUGGAAGAAGCCUCUUGGACCCAUUUCGCUUUUGUUCCUUGGGAUGUAAGCUUGUAGGAAUAAAGAGAAAUGGGAAUGCAAGUUUUAGCUUAGAGGCUAAGAAUGAGGUGGUGGUAAUGGAUAGAACUAGAAGAGAAGGCAUAUCAAAGGAAGAAGAAGAAUUGCGUGAAGGCUCACAACAAGACAUUUACCCGCCCACGCCUCCCCCACCUCCUUCAAGUGCAAGGAGAAGGAAAGGAAUCCCUCACCGUGCACCUUUUGGCUCCUAAAAAUUCCACUAAAAAAAAAAAAGAGUACCCAUUUCUUUAUUUAUCACCAAAAAAGAAAAAAAGAUUACAAUUGUUUGGGGGUCUUUGAAUUUGUCCAAUUGUCCUACCUCCUUUAUGCAGGGUAUCAUAAUUUGGUCAGGGGGAGUCCCAAAAAAAAAACGAAGG